AUUCAAGAUUAGAAAAACAAACAAUUUAAAAAUGUAAUGAAAAAAUUGAUAGGCCUUGUAGUCUAUUUCUUCUUUUCGAGCCACGCAUUUAUAAGGCCCAGAUAAAAAGCCCAACUAAGGUAUCCCGUUCAAAUUCUGACACGUCAUCAUCGUCUACGAUAAAAACUGCAAAAGGAGAUGAGGUGAGUGAGAGAGGGAGAGAGAAUGGCUCGAGCUCUGCUGCUGCAACCGUACAGAGCGACGGUGCUAGCAGCUUCAUCUAGCGAAACGAAAUACGACGGCGUUCCGGAGGUUAAGCUCUCGGAUCCUACCCGGAACUACCGGGUAUUAGUGUUGGGUGGAACGGGUCGGGUCGGCGGGUCUACUGCUACUGCUCUCUCGAAGCUAUGUCCCAAGCUAAAAAUCGUCGUCGGUGGACGCAACAGAGAGAAAGGUGAAGCAAUGGUGGCUAAAUUGGGAGAGAAUUCUGAGUUUGCUCAAGUAGAUAUCAAUGACACUAAGAUGCUUGAGACAAGUUUAAGAGACGUUGAUCUUGUAGUCCAUGCCGCUGGACCAUUCCAGCAAGCUCCUCGAUGCACUGUUCUUGAAGCUGCUAUAAAGACCAAGACCGCAUAUCUCGAUGUUUGUGACGACACAAGCUAUGCUUUCCGUGCAAAAUCUCUUGAAGCUGAGGCAAUUGCUGCGAAUAUCCCGGCGUUAACAACAGCUGGAAUAUAUCCAGGAGUUAGCAAUGUGAUGGCGGCAGAAAUGGUCGCUGCAGCAAUAAGCGAAGACAAAGGAAAACCAGAGAAAUUGAGGUUCUCUUAUUACACAGCAGGCACUGGCGGUGCGGGUCCUACAAUAUUAGCAACGAGUUUUCUACUACUCGGAGAGGAAGUUACUGCAUAUAAACAAGGAGAGAAGGUGAAACUAAGACCCUACAGUGGAAUGAUAACCGUGGAUUUCGGAAAAGGCAUCCGGAAAAGAGAUGUCUAUCUUUUGAAUUUGCCAGAGGUUAGAUCAACUCAUGAAGUUCUAGGAGUGCCAACUGUCGUUGCUCGAUUCGGCACAGCUCCUUUCUUCUGGAACUGGGGAAUGGAGAUCAUGACAAAACUCUUACCAUCGGAGGUCCUUAGAGACAGAACCAAAGUCCAACAAAUGGUAGAGCUGUUUGACCCUGUUGUUAGAGCCAUGGAUAGCUUUGCUGGAGAGCGUGUCUCGAUGAGGGUUGAUUUGGAGUGCUCGGAUGGACGGACCACAGUUGGGUUAUUUAGUCAUAAAAAACUAUCCGUAUCCGUUGGAGUUUCAACCGCGGCUUUUGUUGUAGCAAUGCUUGAAGGAAGCACACAGCCAGGGGUUUGGUUUCCAGAAGAGCCUCAAGGGAUCGCAGUAGAGGCAAGGGAAGUUCUUCUCAAACGUGCAUCACAAGGAACAUUCAAUUUCAUACUGAACAAGCCACCCUGGAUGGUUGAGACCGAGCCGAAGGAGGUGGUUUUAGGGAUAUAUGUAUGAGUUCGACCGAGGAAGAAGAAACAUAGAUGAUCAUCGAUACUUUACUUUGUAAACCAAUUUGCGUCUGAUGUGUAUACUCUUACAGAUAAACAUUUUCAUCAAAA